UCGUCUACCUCCUCUAAAAAGUUUAAAACCCUCCUGACCUGUAUCCUCCGCCAAUGCCUCUCUGUUACCUCCUCCGCCGUCUCUCUUCCGCCGCCACCACCAUCCGAAUCCCUACUCCGAUCUCACACAUCCACCAACGCUUCUACAACAUCUCAACUUCCCCCGAAAAUGAACCUCCAGACACUAAUCACUCCCCUCCAAUUCCCCACCCAACGAUCCCGCACCGAACCACAUCCUUCUCAUCAGCCGAAGAAGCCGCAGCCGAGCGCCGCCGCCGCAAACGCCGCCUCCGAAUCGAACCCCCACUCCACGCUCUCCGUCGCGAUCCCUCAUCCCCCCCUCCGAAACGCGAUCCGCGCCUCCCGGACUCAACCUCCUCCCUCGUCGGCCCGCGCCUCAACCUCCACAACAGAGUCCAAUCCCUAAUCCGAGCCUCGGACCUCGACGCCGCGUCGAAGCUCGCCCGCUUCUCCAAAACUCGCCCCACCGUCUUCACCUGCAACGCCAUCAUCGCCGCGAUGUACAGAGCCGAGCGCUACGGAGAAUCGAUCUCUCUCUUCGAUUACUUCUUCAAGAAGUCAAGCCUCGUCCCCAACGUGGUCAGUUACAAUCAGAUCAUCAACGCUCACUGCGACGAGGGACACGUGGAGGAAGCUCUCGAAGUGUACCGUUACAUAUUAACUAACUCUCCUUUCGCUCCGUCUUCGGUUACUUAUAGGCAUUUGACGAAAGGUUUGGUUUCAUCCGGAAGGUUAGGAGACGCGGCGAGUUUGUUACGAGAGAUGUUGAGUAAAGGCCAAGCUGCUGACUCGAUUGUGUAUAAUAAUUUAAUUAAAGGAUACUUGGAACUUGGUGAUUUAAUUAAGGCUAAUGAGUUCUUUGACGAGUUGAAAAGUAAGUGUACGGUUUACGAUGGGAUUGUUAACGCGACGUUUAUGGAGUAUUGGUUUGAGAAAGGUGAUGAUGAGGAGGCUAUGGAGUGUUACAGGGAUUUGUUGGAGAAGAGGUUUAGGAUGUAUCCGCAUACAGGGAAUGUACUGUUGGGUGUUUUUUUAAAGUAUGGUAAAAAGAGUGAAGCUUGGGGUUUGUUUGAUGAGAUGUUGGAUAAUCACACUCCUCCUAAUAUUUCGUCUGUGAACUCGGAGACUGUUAGUAUAAUGGUGAAUGAGUGUUUCGAGAUGGGGGAGUUUGAGGAAGCGGUUGAGGCUUUUAAGAGAGUUGGGAGGAAGGAGAAUUCGAGGCGGUUUGUGAUGGAUAAUGUUGGUUAUUGUAAUAUUGUGACGAGGUUUUGUGAGUAUGGGAUGUUAGCAGAGGCUGAGAGGUUGUUUGCGGAAGGUGUAGGGAAGUCCUUGCCUCCGGAUGCUGCGAGCCAUAGAGUUAUGAUUGAUGCUUAUCUCAAGGCGGGGAGAGUUGAGGAUGCUUUGAAGAUGUUGGAUAGGAUGGUUGAUGUGAAUCUAAGGGUGGUUGCUGAUUUCGGUACGAGGGUGUUUGGGGAGCUGAUUGAGAAUGGUAGGGUUAGGGAAUGUGCAGAGGUUUUGAGUAAGAUGGGAGAGAAGGAACCGAAACCGGAUCCUUCGGUUUAUGAGGUGGUGGUUAGAGGACUUUGUGAUGGUGGUGCACUUGAGGAAGCCAAGGAUGUAGUUGGUCAGAUGGUUGGGUAUGGUGUUGGGUUUGCUCAUGUGCUGAGGGAGUUUAUCAUAGAGACGUUUGAGAAAGCAGGACGUCGUGAGGAGAUUGAGAAAACCUUGAAUACGGUUAACCGUCCGGUUAGAAACUCUGUGCAGUCUGGUAAGACUCCACCUAGUGUAUCCUCAGUGUUAGGAGCCAAUGGAACUGCAGGUCAAACGGCGGGAGGAACUUACAAGGCUAAUAAUGGUCAGAAUCCAUCUAGGUCCAACACCUCUGUUAACCAGCAGCAGCAACCGUGGUCUAGUCAGACGGCAGGGAAGCAACCACCAUCAUGGUCGAGUCAGCCACCAGGAUAUCAACAGCAGCAAUAUUGGUCUCAGAAACCAGGGUGGUCAAGUCCUUCAGGUCAUCAGCAAUCAUGGCCUAAUCAGGCAACUGGCCAACAGCAACCGUGGGCUAAUCACAACACUGCUCAUCAACAAUCAUGGGGUAAUCAGACAGAUGGCCAGCAGAAACCGUGGGAUAAUCAGAGCACUAACCAUCAUCAACAACCAUUGGCUAGUCAGAACACUGGUCAUCAACAACAACGGGCUAAUCAGACAACUGGCCAGCAGAAACCGUGGACUAAUCGGACAGCUGGCCAGCAGUCAGCGUGGACAGGAAAGCAGAAACAGUGGUCUAAUCAGACAGCUAACCAUCAGCAGCCGCAGUGGCCAAGUCCCACGUCAGGACAUGUAGCUAAUCAAGCACCAUGGUCAAACUCUGAGAAUAGUCAUCUUCCUCAACAACAGGAGCCAGGAUCCUCCCAUGAGUGGCAAGAUGGAAAGGUAGCUGAAUUGAGCAAAUAGUUCGACAACUUGGCUAUUCCUCCUGCCCAUCUUCCUUAUCAUUUGAUAGUUUUUGUAAUUUGCCAUUUUCUUUAUGGGUAGCAAUUUUUGCAAACUCUGUUAUUUAUUUAUUAACGAUCAUCAUAAUAAUACGUUAUUUUUAACC